UUUUUUCCUUUCUUAAAAUGUGUAUAUGUUUUUUUUUGGCACCCUCUGUAUAUAGGGGCCAUCUUGGGAGGAGAGAUACUGUUUGCACGUGGGCGGCCAGCUGGAGGUGUGCGUUCUCACACUGCUGAGAUGGUUUUGCUUUUUUUCUUUUCCCAAAUAAACGCUCUUUUGGCAGACUACCUGGAAAAUUAUUUGUCAAUUCGACACUCUGGGGUAAAUACCUAGGUGUGCAGUUGCUGAACGGGAUGGUGAAUGAGUGCUGAGCUUUAUAAGACUCUGCCAAACCAUCUUCCCAGUGUUGUUCCAUCUUUCCCUCCCUACCCAGCAGUGACAGUCUUUAUCUUCAAACUUGUUGCCAUUCUGAUAAGUGUGUAGUCAUGUCUCAUGGUCUCAAUUUGCAUGCCCCCAGGACGAAUGACGUGAGCAUCUUUUCAUGCGUUUCUUUUCCAUCCAAAUAUCUUUUUUGGUAAAAUGUCUUUUAAAAUCUUUUUCCUGGUUUUUAAAUUUUUUAUUGGUGGUUUGCUUUUUUAUCAUCAAGUCUUGAGAGCUCUUUGUAGAUUCUGAAUCUAAGUCCUUUAUCAGAUGUGUGUUUCGUAAAUAUUUUCACGGGAAGGCUUUGCUGGGUUCUCUCUGGUGACUCUGGGACCUGGUUGAGAGCUGGUGCCUCCUGAAACUCAGUGGAGGUGGCCAACAGAAGACUGGGCCCCACCCCUCCCUCACGCUGGGAGACGAGGGUCUUUCUCUGACCCUGUACCCCUUUGUACUCCCGAGCACUGGUAGUGCUGGCCCGGCUUGGGAAGCCCUGCCCUGACUGGAGUCUUCUGGGUGGUGUGCCUGAUGUCACCCAAAUGCUACUCCUCGUAUAGUGUCCCUGGGUGCUCUGUCUGCGUGGACUGGAGACAUCACCUGCAGAGGCCUUGCCAGCUCCCAGGCGACACUCCUGCCCGCAUGCUUAUGCAACUGGUGAUAAGGUGGCUUUGAGACCAUAAUCCACCCUAAGCUGAGGCACAGCCCUACUCUCCAGAUGGCCCAGUUGGUGGCUGUGUGGAGGCAGUGGGGGCCUGGGGUGAGGGGCACCCAGGUCUUAUGUCACCUCUCCCACAGCUGCCCCUACACAAGGUCCAGAGGCCUGGCCAGUGGUGACUCCACUGUGCAAAGAAGGGAGGGUGUGAGGACUCUGGGGGACCCAGACUCUCAGUGGGGACCUGCUGGUCAGAGCAGACCUGAGCCUGGCUGCUUCCCAGUAGCACCUUGAGGUUUCUGGGGCCCCAGCCCCAGCCCCAGCCAGGUCAGAGGUGCACAGGGACCAGGUCCCAGCAGGCCAUGGCAGUCUCUGCUUGGGCCCCUGGGACUACCUGGCAGGUUUGGGGGACAAAUCCUCAGCUCAGGGGAGCCAGGUGAGAGCCUGGCUCUCUGGAGCCCUCAAGGAAAUGACCCCUGAAGCCAGUGAGGACACAGGAGUGAUUGUCCCAAACAAUGGACAAAGAAAGAUUGGAGUUUCUGGAGCCCAAGAGCCUUCCGCUCCCCCACCUGCUCGUCUGCCAAGCCCAGCUGCUGGGCUGGGCUAUAAAGCUGGGCCUGCUGGGGUGCGGACUCAGUGCCAGGGGCCAAAAACAGGUGUCGGGAUGAAGUCUGUCUUGCUGGCCCGGGUCCUGGUGCUACUCUGGGUGUCCAAGGCCUGGACUGAGGUCCUGGUGCAGCCAGAUUUUGAUGCCAAGAAGUUCUCAGGCCUCUGGUUCGUGGUCUCCAUGGUGUCCGACUGCAAGGUCUUCCUGGACAAAAAGGACCAUCUGCUGAUGUCCACCACGGUUGUCACAGCAGCGGCAGAGGGCAACCUCAGCGUCCACAUGGCAUUCCCUAGGGCUGACGGCUGUAACCAGGUGGAUGCGGAGUACAUGAGGGUGGGCUCCCAGGGGCACUUCAGAGUCCCAGCCCUGGGCUACCUGGACGUGCGCAUCGUGCACACGGACUACAGCUCCUUCGCCGUAGUCUACAUCUACAAGGAGCUGCAGGGGGCGCUCAGUACCAUGGUGCAGCUCUACAGCCGAACUCAGGAAGCAAGCCCCCAGGCCCUGAAGGCCUUUCAGGACUUCUACCCGACUGUGGGGCUCCCCGACGACAUGAUGGUUAUGCUGCCCAAGUCAGAUGCGUGCUCCUCGGGGGAUAAGGAGGCACCCUGACACCUCUGGAGACCCACCUUGACCCUUCCCAGGGCAAGCGGGAGCAGCCGGCCUCAUCACCCCGAGUCGUCCAGACCUGGCCCGCCCUUUUCGCCAAGCCGUGGAUCACCCUCUCCUAUCUGCCCAUCCCCCAUCCUAGUGGGGUGUCUCCCUCGGCCUCCCCCUUCCACUCAAUAAACAGA